UCCGCCGGCUGGUCACACAUAAACAAUUUUUUUUGCAAAUUUUUUUCCAUAAUUUGUGAAGAAUUUGCAGAUUAAAUAGAAAAGAAAACUGUUUUAUUGCAAAAAUAUAGUCCCCUGCAGAGGUCAACUCCUAUACAUACUUGUGACACAACUGCGUAAACUGUUAUUAUCCUACUUGGAGCCUCCAGUGACCCUUUCUGAUCCGGUCCCAAUGUCGGCGUCACAACGCGGCCUACAGCCAAUGAGUUAAAUCAUCGCCAUUCUCUGGAUUUACUGAUCCCAAUGCGCCGCUAGCAGUGGCUCUGACGAAUUGGCGCCAUGUCCAGUUCGGUGUUCACCGAGGCGCCGAGCCGGCCGGUGGCGUUGAAUGCAGACUCCAAUCUGGUGGUGGUUUACGGCAAAAAUGGCAUCUCGUUUGACGAGCGCGCCAUCGAGAACAUCAUGGAGGAAAAAUCGAUUUCCACCAUCAGCGUGGUGCGGCUCACCUCGCCUACGCCCAGCAUGGUUGAGCAGGAAGAGGCUGAGCGACUGGAGGAGCUGGAACGCUUUCUGGACACCGCAUCGGACUCCGAGUUGGACAGCGACAAUGCUAGCCAAAGUGGUUGCGAGGAUGCCAGAAGCGAUGGUGAAGCCCUCGACGACGAGAAUGAAAACUCCAGUGACGAGAAUAACGGAGACUCCACUGAGUCUGAGCCAGAUGCUCCACGUUUAAGGAGGCGUCCGGGUCGUAAACCAAAACCCAUAAAAAAGAAAAAGCGCCGCAAACCCAAGGAUCGCCCGCAAAUUGUGGGUCUGCGGGUGGAACAGUUCUACGCCGAUGGCACAGCCAAUAUGGUUGUAAAAAAUGCACUUAAGCUUGCUGGAGUAUCAAUGUACAAGCGAACUCCGGAGACAGACGCCAUGAUGGAAGUUAUCCGCAACGAUCACAACUACACGCCUUUCACUUCGCCAGAGCAGCUUAAGAACCACAAGCGGGCGGAAAAGAUGACCACGGAUGUGCAGGCCCAGAACCGCAAGAUCAUAAUACAAGCCCCUGGAAACUUAAAGGUCAUCAACGCCAAAAAGAGAGUUCAAGCCAUGCCCUUCAGUCCGCUGCAGGUGAAGAUCCAGAGACUGCCCACAAAGCUUUCCCAGCAGCAGCAGCAGAGUCCUGUACAAGUACACCUCCAAAGAAAAACCAACCAGCAUCCACUGCCAAGACAAAAAACAGAGAUUAUUCCAAAUGCGAUUAACCCCAACAUCAGGAUGAGGCCAGUACGGGCUCCUGUGAAGGUGAUGGCGCACGUGGAGGAACACAUUGAGGACGAUGAAGAUGCCCAGAGCUCGGACCCGGCGGAUGAGGAAAACGCCGAUAAAUCCUACGACACUGAAGAGCCGAGCGAGGAGAGUGACGAGUUCCAGGAAUCGGACAACGACCGCGAUAGCGACAUCGACUUCAAUAUGCGAGGUAGUGGCGGUCGUAACACAAGUAAACGCAAGCGGGUUCGGAAGAUAGUGAAACUACCUGCAGCCAGACCAGCGAAGCCUUUGACCUCAACUCCGACGGCACCGCAGCAGUUCCCAGAUCUAAAGCGACGCAAGGAACAAGAUCUUAAGGCGCCGCAAAUUGGACAAAUAAUCCAGCUCCCACCUAGGGCACCCCCUGGAGUGAUUGCUCUCGGCAAGAGUAUACCUAGCACUUCCUUCCUCAAAACCCGACCACCUACCCAUCAGGCGCUUCCUGUCAAAAAGCUUCCACUGCCGGGAGGCACUUUAUCAGGAUCCGUUGUCACCAAGGUGGACCUACCAACAUCCCAAGUGCGUCGAACUCCUGUUGUGCAGGUUGGCCGGAUCCUUAAUAAUUCAUCUCGGGGCGUAUUUAAGAACUCACCGCAAGAUGUCAAGGAGAUUAUCAUUAACAAGAACAUGGCCAGCCCAAAGGGCGUGUUCACUAAUCUCAAUAGUUUGCUGGGAGAUAACAACAACGCGACCAUUAAGUCGUCGCCAGACCCUCUGCGUCAUCGUCAGAUUAUGUCGCCCAGCACACCGAGAUCUAGUUAUAGCAACCACCAGUCGACGCCAGUUACACCGAAACCUAUAACGCCAACACCGUCUAAAGGCUUCAUGCCCAUCGGCGUGAACACAGCCCAGUCGCAUAAACUGCCAGCCCAAAUCGUUAUCGAGACGCACCAGAGUUCCUCGGAGCUGGCGGCUGAAAAUGAUAAGCAGCUUGAUCUCAUUAAUUCCAUUGUGCAGGAUGAGCUUCUGAAGUCUACGCUGGUGGAGCAGCCGCCUGUGAAUGCGGACGAGAAUAUACCAAAGCUUGUCAAAAUGUUGGAGAGUACGGCGGCGAGCUUGGACCCUGCGCCGGUGAAUUCAGUGUUUCCUGAACCAGGGAAUUCCGCAGCAGUGGAUCCCAUCGACGAAGACGAAAUUACGGCUGAUUUUCUGCAGCACGUCGUUGAACUAAUCGAGGAAGACAAGCAGUUUGAGGCCGAGGUGGUGAAACAAGUGCUGGCCAGCACUGAACCAGGAGAGCUAGAUGCCAUUGUUUCCCAGCCCACUCCGGUUGCACCAGUUUCUUUGCCGCAUUCCCUGAAUAUUCAGCCGCAAGCGAAUCUUUCUCUUAAUUCGGUGAUCAUGGAACCAACUCCACCGAUGUCGUCCUUGCCGAUGGCGUGCAGCACUCCUUCCCGAACCCUGGCCCAGACCCAGACUCCUAUGACCACUUCGGCAAAGAUUGUUCGUGGUAAUGGCCGUGUAAUCUAUCUGCCUCCCAUGGAAGCGCCCACCACACGUGCCAAGCGACGGGCACAAUUUCCGACAGCGUCACCAAGUGCCGGGGACCAGUCGAUGAGUGAAUCGAUCCUGGAUACCAGUUCUGAGCAGCUGGCAAACACCAGCAGCCUCAGUCUGGACAGCCAGCCAGGUGGUGGUGGGCCGAAAAGACCGAAUCCUAGGGAACCUUCGCUCGCCCGUCGAUCAACGGUGCCCAGAAGAACAAAGAAGCUGAACACGAGUCAGAGUACUGAUCCCGAGGCUUCUGAAUCUCAAGAGGAUGACGACGAUCCCAACAAGCUGUGGUGCAUCUGUCGUCAGCCGCAUAAUAAUCGUUUCAUGAUAUGUUGCGAUAUGUGUGAGGAUUGGUAUCACGGCUCUUGCGUGAGUGUUACCAAGGCAAUGGGCACCGAAAUGGAGAACAAGGGUAUUGACUGGAAGUGCCCGAAGUGUGUCAAACAGUUGGAGGAGAAGAGCCAGCCGCGGAUCACGGAAAUGUUGCGGCCAGCACUUUCCAAAGAGGAGAAACCGAACGAAACCAAAGUGUUUUCCACGCCUUUGGAUUCUGUGAAGACUAUUUCUCCUGCUGCGCAAAAGAGAGUGUUGCCAGUGGGCGUAACUGUAGCAAGAUCCCCUCUGCGAAGUCCCCUUAUGAAGCCCUCGAACAAGCGGCCUGCAAAUGCUAUUCCCCACCAACAGCAGCUGAACUUCAUCAAGCUUGGCCCACUCCCAGGGAACCGAACAUCAGACACCCAAUGUGUUGUAUGCAAACGACCAGCGAGCUCGAACUCUGUUUACUGUGGUGAUGACUGCAUUCGGAAAUAUGCCCACAACGCGAUCCAAGCCCAUCCCUCUUCCAAGCAACCUGAUGGUCCGUUAUCACACAAGAAAAAGGAUCUCUUUGAGGAUAUGUUGAGGCAAGCGGACUCCAUGUCGAAAGUGGAGAGGAUUAAUGUGUUUGAGCGCAAAAGCGGUCGUGUCAUCAUUGGCCACUUAGCACCUACGUUGCAUCAAUUCCGGAAGUGGUUGCAAGACAACCCUACUUUUGAGGUACUGCCCUCGGGAACCCUUCAAUCCGCGGACCCUGAGAAGCGGCAGCUAAAACGAGUGCCAGAGCCAUCUGCUAACCCUGAGUUACUGACUCCGGUUGCAACAACUUCAACAGUAGUCAAGAAGCCGCUAGAAGUUGCAACAAAGUCUCCCCAACCUGCCACAACGCCCACAUUAGUUCGUGCUUUGCCCAAAAAGGAAAAGGCUUCACCCGCUUUUGGCGCAUCAGUGCCCUCUACAAGUAGAUCGGCUACAAAGCCAGAACCAGUUCGCAUUGGUAUUCGACGCUCCCUUAAGGAGCAGCUUUUGGCCCGUAUUAAGGAGGCCCAAGAUGAGGAGAAAGCUUCCAGCCAGGAUGCAACUACUCAGUGGUUGACUGCUGCCGAGGUGGACCAUUUCGUUAAGGCCGUGGAGUCGGAAAUGUACCAUUCGUUUGGGCGUGAUGUGGGAGCUAAGUACAAGGCCAAAUACAGAUCCCUAAUGUUCAACAUAAAGGAUCGCAAGAACAGGACUUUGUUUGAAAAGAUCUGUGCCAAGCAGGUGGAGCCCAAGCAACUGGUACGGAUGACAGCGGAACAGCUGGCCAGCCAAGAGUUGGCCAAGUGGCGAGAGGAGGAAAAUCGCCACCAGCUAGAUAUGAUCAAGAAAUCCGAGCUGGACAUGCUGUAUGUUGUAAACUCGCACAAGGGCGAGGAAUUAGUCGCCAGCAAAGUUGACGUAACACUGCCGGAAGAGGAGGCCACUGAAGCUUUGCAGGUGGAGCAGAAGCCGGUACUAGACACCUCAGUUACGGAACGUUCUGGCUCAAAAGGAAAGUCCUCUUCCUCCAAAGAAAGGCGCCACAAAAGCCACAAGCACCACCACCACCGCAAGAGGAGUCGCAGUCGCUCCAACAGUCGGAGUCGCAGUCAAGAUAAGCGCCAUCGCAAGCAUCCCAAUGAAGCGGAGGUGGCAAGCUCGCCACCAAGUGGAGGAGAUCAACUCUCCCCGGAGAAACAGGGCAAGGAUGUAAGGGAGGGUGGCAUCUCGUCGCCCCUUUCGAAAAAAAGGGAAGAAAGCAAUCUAUCGCCAAAUGUCAAAAAAACGGAAAAACCGAAUAAAAAAUCGGAGGUAACUACUACCUACAACCUUAUCGAUCAAAUUCUGGAAUCCGAGAAAACAGUUGAACAGGCAGCGAACCUGGAAAAGCCGACAAAGCCAGCCGCCAAACCACUUCCAACUCUUCCGCCUUCAAUGGACAACUACGGACGGUAUGUUCACAGUUUGUCCACCACAUCGCUGUGGUCAGGCAACCUCAAAAUGAUCGAAGUCACAGACUUUAAUGUGGUCAUGCAUCCUGUUCUGGGCGAAAGCACCCAGCUAAGCAAGCUCUUUCCGCCUCAGUUGGAUGUGAUUGGUCGCAUCACCCGCGUAAAUGUUUGGGAGUACAUCAAAAAGCUGAGGAAGAGUCCUACCAAGGAGGUGGUCAUUGUAAACUUUUUUCCCGCCUCACCCAGCGAAACGCCCAAGUUCAACUUGUUCUACGAGUACCUCGACUCUCGCCAGCGGCUAGGUGUCUUAGGAGUUCAUUCGGAUCAGAUUCGGGACUUUUACAUCUUUCCGUUUGGUGCUGGUGAUGUUCUACCGCCAGAGCUAAAUCCCGCGGAACGGGUGCCGUUCUACGAGGAUGCUCACAGGCCCAACACUCUGCUGGGUAUAAUAGUUCGGUGCUUGAGCAAGCGUUCGGCAAUGAGUACGCCAAACUCUCAUCCUCCCGCUGUGCCAGUGGCUUCUUCGAUUUCAUCGGUGGCCAGCACCAAGAAAACACGCAGCACUGGCAACUUCACGCCGCCCAGUAGCCCCAAACGUAAGGCGAGCACCCAUUCCACCAGUUCCAAGGAUGAUGAGUUUGAUAUUGAUGCCAUCAUUAAGGCGCCUAUUGCCAAGUUGCAGAAAACCUCCACAGCUGCCCCAAAAAUUCCAAUUCCGCCCUUGGAUGAUGCCGAUGAGCCGUACUCGCCCGGGGGUUCCGAUGACGAACUGCCACCACCUGCUCCAAGAAUCGCCAAUGAUCUCGAGCGGCAGGUGGAUGAAAUAAACAAACAAAUCGCAGCGCAGCAAAUGGAAAUCGCAGGCUUACUCAAAGUAGAGCCGAAAGGAUCUGCGUCUUCAUCAAAGGUACUGGCAGGCAUAUCAAUUCCACCCAAUCUUUCAAAGAUUCUGGCUAGCAUAAAGGACAAGGCGCUUGGCGACGGAGAGGAAGAGUACAAUCCCGAGGACGCAAUCACCAUGCCCAGUACAUAUGCAACGAAGACGAAGAGAAAAGGUCGUUUGGCGCAUCUAAGUGAAGCAGAGCUUCUUAGCAUGGUCCCGGACGGUGUGCUGCCCAGCACGUCAAAGACAAGCCACCAGCAGUUACCUACGUCCCCGCUUCCGCCGCCGCCUCCGCCUCCAGGUGUUUAGCAGAAUCCCCUUUUGAAAAUAUAAUCAUUAACCCGCGCGCUAAUCUUACAAUUGUAUGUUAUUUCUGAACGGCAACCACAAUAUUUUGCUUCCUUUCUUCUGCUCAUAUUGUGUACAUUCUCAUCCAGCGAAUUCGAUACCAUCUCUGUAUUAUAUCAGGCAAAAGGAACAAGUUAGUUUUCAGCCCCAUCCCCAUCCCCAAAGUUAGGAAUAUCGCCCUUCAAAUUUGCCCUACAAAUCCUGUAAAUUUCCACGAAAAUAAAUAGUACCACGUAACAUUUGUUUUAGGGAUAUCAUAAUAUCUGA